AUGUGUGGCCUAUUUCAACCUAUCGGACAGGUCAGACUGACCAACGUCGCCACUGUGCGACUGAAGAUAGGAGGUAGCAGAUUCGAAAUUGCUUGCUAUAAAAACAAGGUACUCAACUGGAGAUCCGGUGUCGAAACUGACAUACAGGAGGUACUACAGAGCCCAUGUAUAUUCACCAGUAUAACCAAAGGGAAACUCGCGAAAACUGACGAACUUUUGGAAGUAUUUGGGACAAAGGAAAUAGAUACAAUAUGCAAGCAAAUACUCGAUAAGGGGGAAAUGCAAGUCAGCAAGGAGGAAAGAAAACAGAUGCUACAAGCAAUGUUUAAGGAUGUAGUCACGAUACUUAGUGAAGUAUCAAUCAACCCCAAAACAGGACAUCCAUUAACGAGCAGCCUUAUCGAGAAUACUCUAAAGGCCAGUGCUUUCAGUGUUACCUUAAAAGAACCCGCAAAAAAACAGGCGCUCAAGGCACUUGCUCAUCUACAACAACUAUACCCAAACGAAAUCGCACGCUCACAAAUGAGACUCAAAAUAACAUGUGCAAACGGACAAAGAGAUGAUGUUCUACAGUUCUUGCGUGAAAACAACGCAUAUAUAGAAAAUAUUGAUCACUCACAAGGCAAAAACCACGCAGACAAACAGGACACUGCAACAGACCACGAAUCUACAACCACUCCAGAAAGAGAUAUGGCAAGAAAGGCUAGAGGACAGAAACAAGAAGCAGUUGUAAAUAUAAGGUUCCUUUGUUGCACAAAGCUUUAUCGUGCUAUCGAAGAUUUUGUAUCGCACUCAUUGCAACCACCAGGCUCACUACAACUAGUGGCACUCAAUGUUAAAGACGCAGGGAACAGAGGACUGGCACCUUUAGAGGAUAACGAGAGUACUGCAGUGCAAGAAGUUGGUGGUUACACCCCAAAAUCAGACACUAGUGAGAUAGACACUUCGAUGAAGCAACUGACCCUAAACACAGCUGCAACUACGGUAACAACACCAAACAAUCAAAAUGACAAGAAAAAGGUUUUCAAGUGCACCAACUGUGUUUUGGAAUUCUAUGCAGCAGCAGAAUACAGGGCUCAUUGCAAAUCGGAAUUACACGUCGUAAAUAACAAAUUGAUACUCAAGGGACUACCGCCAGUGUCACCACAAGAAUUUGCUGAACUUGAACUAUGUCGCAAAAAUUUGUCAAUGGACGAUUAA